CCCAAACGCACAUACCACUGUAUGUGGCUGAUGCAUGGAAGUGUUAUCUGUUUUGACAAAUAUUCAAAUUAAUGAGUGCAGCCCCACCAGCACUGCAAACCAAGGUGGACAGAGAGACAGACACAGAGAAAAUGGACAGACGGUGAAAGAGGACAACGAUAAAGAGAACUGGCAGCAUCGAUACCCUCCCUCACUAACGAGUGUAGCGAGAACCCUCAUCCUAGAGAUGGUUCGGUGGUUCCACAGAGACUUAUCUGGCCUGGAUGCUGAGUCCCUUCUGAAGACUCGCGGCGUCCAUGGGAGCUUUCUGGCCCGCCCCAGCAAGAAGAAUGUCGGCGAUUUCUCGCUGUCUGUCAGAGUUGAUAACACAGUGACGCACAUCAGGAUCCAAAACACUGGGGAUUACUAUGACCUGUAUGGGGGGGAGAAGUUUGCUACAUUAUCCGAGCUGGUGGAGUACUAUACAGGAAACCAUGGUGUUCUGCAAGACAAGGAUGGAACCAUCAUUGACCUCAAAUACCCCUUGAACUGCUCUGACCCCACCACAGAGAGGUGGUACCAUGGCCACCUGCCUGGGCCAAAUGCUGAGAGGUUGUUGCGAGAGCGUGACGACCCAGGGACAUUCUUGGUGAGGGAGUCCCUCUCCCACCCAGGCAGCUAUGUCCUGUCUGCACUCACAGACGAAAUGUGCCAUUCUGGGCGGAGGGUUUCUCAUAUCAAGAUCAUGUGUAAUAAUGAUCGAUACACAGUGGGUGGCAAAGAUGUCUUUGACUCUCUAGUGGACCUGGUGGACCAUUUCAAACGCACAGGCAUCGAGGAGAUCUCGGGCACCAUGGUCUAUCUCAGACAGCCCUAUUUCUCAACUCGGCUGAACGCAGCUGACAUCGACAGCAGGGUGAAAAUAUUGGAUCAGAAAGCUGUGGCAAAGAAUGGGGAAGGAGGUGAUAAGUCAAAGGCUGGAUUCUGGGAGGAGUUUGAUGCUUUGCAGAAGUUAGAUACCAAAAUAAAGAAGAGCAGAGACGAAGGAAUGCGGCCGGAAAAUAAAAGCAAAAACAGAUACAAGAACAUUCUACCUUUCGAUGAGACCAGAGUCAUUCUGCAGGAUCGAGACCCCCAUGUUGUUGGGUCUGAUUACAUCAACGCCAACUAUGUGAAAAAUAAGAUGUGUGAAAUAGGUCCUCAAAAAGUCUACAUUGCUUGUCAAGGAUGUCUUGCAACAACUGUCAACGAUUUCUGGCAAAUGGUGUGGCAGGAGGAAUCACAUGUCAUUGUCAUGACAACAAGGGAGGUUGAGAAAGGACGGAAUAAGUGUGUGCCCUACUGGCCAGACCCUGGCGCCUCUAAAGAAUUUGGGAGUUAUGUGGUGAUGUCACGCCGUGAGAGAGAUGCCAGUGACUACAAGGUCAGAGUUCUGGAGCUGGCCCCGCUCGACAAGAGUGGGGCUGUCCGGGAGAUCUGGCAGUACCAGUACCUGAGCUGGCCAGACCAUGGUGUCCCAGUGGAGCCGGGUGGCGUGCUCAGCUUCCUCACAGAGGUCAACUUCAGGCAACAGGCAUUUCACGACACAGGACCCAUGAUCAUCCACUGCAGCGCUGGCAUCGGUCGAACAGGAACCAUUGUGGUCAUCGACAUGCUAAUAGAAACGAUCAGCAGUAAAGGUGUGGACUGUGACAUUGACAUCCAGAAGUGCAUCCAGAUGGUGCGUGAGCAGCGUUCAGGCAUGGUCCAGACCGAGGCCCAGUACCGCUUCAUCUACCUGGCCGUAAAGCAGCACAUCGAGUCUGAGGAGGCCAAAUCGAAGGCCAGAAUGGAGACAGAUACAGAGUACGGAAACCUGUCUAUACAGCACAGACACCAGAUGGCAAGUCGUAAAUCCUCCAAGAAUAAGGAUGAAGUUUAUGAGAAUCUCGGGGCAAAGGGGAAGAAAGACGUCAAAAAACAAAAGUCCCAGGAGAAGAAGAGUGGCUCUGUUAGAAAACGAUAAAGAGAGAGAGCGAAGAUAAAUUGUUCAGCACAGUUUUAAAUGAACCCUCAUCAAUUUCUAAGAAGUUUGUGAAUUAAGCCCAUUAUUGUGGAGGUGGCCAUGGAAAUAGAAGUUAAAUUGGUUCAAUACACUAUUAAAUUGAUUUGAUUUAGUAUGUGAUUUGUUGAUUUCAGCAAUUAUGCAUUUGAUUGGUCUCUUACUUCUCUCUGAAUUAUGCUGUAAACUGUGAUUUGAUAAUGAAAUGAUUGUGACAGAUCUACCUUCUAUGCAGUAAAUAAUUUUAAAUAAAGUGUUUCUUUAACAU